AGGAGUUAAAGUAAGCCCUUCCCGGUAAUAAAGAGAAGAAAUAUCUGUACCGGAAAACCAAACAAGACGGGUGUGCCGUUGUGGAUGUUGGGGUUGGGUGUGGACCGGCUUCAAGCCGACAUCAACCGCCUUCUAACCUCCCUUUUCCAUCAGGGAGUGCUGGACGAGCAGUUCUUGCAGCUGCAACAGCUUCAAGAUGAAACUUCACCAACCUUUGUGUACGAUGUCAUUAAUAUCUACUUUGACGAAUCCGAGAAGCUACUCCGCAGCCUUAGAUUAUUGCUGAUGGAUAGAGAAUUCUCGGACUACAAGAAGAUAGGAUUGCAUCUGAAUCAGUUGGUAGGAAGCAGUUCUAGCAUUGGUGCUCGUAGGGUUCGUAACGUCUGUGUUGCCUUUCGCUCUGCUUCCGAGCUUAACAACCGCCCAGGGUGCUUGAGAGGGCUGGAAGUAGUAGAGCAUGAGUAUCAUUACCUCAAGAAUAUGAUGCAUGAACUCUUCCAGCUGGAGCAGCAGAGGCUAUUAGCUGCAGGAGUCAGAUAUCCAAUGUAGAUUUUAUAAUUACGUUCUAUCAUAAAAUUCCG